AUGGUAGGUUUUGCAAAAGGUUUCGUAUUUUUUCUUUUCCUUACACUUUUUAAUUAUUGUUAUUCUCAAGAUGUAAUUGAAUUAAAUGACGCAAAUUUCGAAAGCUUAACACAAAUAUCAACUGGGAAUACCACAGGAUCAUGGUUUAUAAAAUUUUAUGCACCAUGGUGUUCACAUUGUAAAGCCAUGAAUAAGGCUUGGACUGAAUUAGCUUCAGAAAUGAAAGGAACUAUAAAUAUAGCAAAGGUUGAUGUAACUACCAAUUCUAAAACAAGAAAAAGAUUUAAAAUCGAAGGAUUCCCAACAUUAAUUUACUUUAAAAAUGGAAAAAUGUAUGAUUAUAAAAGUAAUGAUAGGUCUCUAGAAGCAUUAAAAAAUUUCAUUUUAGAAUCCUAUAAAAAUGUUAAACCAUCAGAUGCACCUACACCUCUUAGCUAUGCUGAUAUUUUGAAAGAAUUAGCACACGAAACAUUCUUAAAUAUUGAUAGAAUCUAUAAAUAUGCAUUCCCUGCAUUAGCACUUAUUUCUGUUAUAUCAUUUUUAAUUGGAUUUAUUUUUUGUUUAGCUUUAUGCAAAAUGUGUUGUAAAAAAGGAUGCCCAAAAUCUAAAAAAAAAGAUUAA